AUGGCUAGUGAAUCUGAGCCUCGUAAAGGUUGUUUUGCCGGUUGCUGCAGUGGGAAAAACAAGCAGGUCAAUCUCAAAGGUUACGGUUCGGCAGAGAAACAACAAGAAGAUCCUAACACUCCCAGUUGCUGCAAAAACAAACCAUCUCCCUGUUGUGACGUCUCUUGCCUUGACCGUAUCGCUCUUCGCCAAUGUGAUAGUGUAUCACCUAACGAUGCAUCUCCAAAACCCCCAAAUGCUAGCUGCAAAAGACCCGACGGCAAGCCAUGCGACCAACACAGCCGUUCUGCACGCGCUGAAUACGCAGGCGUGCUCGAAGCUCUAGGCUGUAUUUGUCGUGCUUUGAUAGCCCUUGGGCAAGAAUCCUGUUGCACGCCACCAAGAGGUUCUUCCUCUGGAAAUGAGCGUCAUUCGGCGGACUCUUCUAGGGCUAUUCUGCGUAUUUCCAUUGACUCUUGCUGUGAGAGAUACGCCACUGUGUCUGACAGACGCCGUAGCGCCAAUCCAAAGGGGAAGGGAAAGGCAUGUUCGGGCAGCUGUUGCGGUUCUCCUAAGGCUCCUGCAUCGCCUGAGAAGUGUGUUGACAGUGAAAAGAAGGGACCUAUCAAGUCCGGUAGCUGUUGCGGCAAACCUAAGGCGUCCGAAGCCGGUGAACAACAUAUGCCACUCACGGAGAGCUGCUGCGGUAAAUCAAAAUGCGAAAAGCCUUUACCUACAUCUUGUGGAAAGGGAGAAGCCAAUACCAAUAGCUGCUCUGCCGGCUGCUGCGGCGAACCCACAUCCCCUUUCGGUGCCUUGUCGCAGCGAACGCCUAAUGACCCGUGUAAACGGGCGGUUUCUGGAUGUGCCGUCGCAAAAGAAAGUCCCAGGGAUUCCAUAGAGGUCAUUCCACGAACCGCUGUUCCUGACCUCGAAAAGGGCUUUCUCAACAAGGAACACAUCAUUUUGAGCAUAUCUGGAAUGACCUGCACUGGAUGCGAAACAAAACUUAAGCGGACUUUGGGCACACUGGAAUCAGUCCAGAAUCUCAAAACCAGCUUGGUGCUCUCGCGGGCAGAAUUCGACCUCGAUGUCAGCAUUCAGUCGCUCGACAAAGUGUUUAGGCACUUGAAGAAAAUUACUGAGUUCGAGUAUGAAAGGGUCACAGACCGAGGAUCACAAUUGGAUAUUCUCGUCCCUAAUACCUCUUCUGAAUUCGUGAAGCAAGACUGGCCUCGUGGUGUAACUGAGAUGACUGUUGUUGAUGAACAAACUGUCAAUGUCUCUUUUGACGCUAAAAUUAUUGGGUCAAGAGAUCUCCUGGAGCAUGGCUGGGAUAUACCCCUUCGUUUAGCUCCUCCUCGUCCUGACGCAACUCUGGCGGCUGGAAACAAGCAUGUGCGCCACAUUGGAUACAUGACUAUUCUAUCCAUUAUCCUGACAGUGCCGGUUUUGGUCCUCUCCUGGGCGCCGUUGCCUGAGAGGGAGAUUACUUAUGGUUCUGUGUCGUUAGCAUUAGCGACAAUUGUGCAGGUAAUCAUUGCCGGUCCAUUCUACCCAAAGGCAUUCAAAGCCUUGAUAUUUUCCAGGAUCAUUGAGAUGGAUCUACUCAUUGUACUCAGCACAAGUGCAGCGUAUAUUUUUUCCGUGAUCUCGUAUGGCUACCUUGUAGUGGGUAAUCCACCCGCCACCGGUGAAUUCUUUGAGACCAGCACUUUGCUCGUCACUUUGAUCAUGGUUGGUCGGUAUGUAGUCGCACUCGCUCGCCAGAAAGCCGUCGAGUCUAUUUCUCUGCACUCACUGCAGACACCUACUGCAAUCCUGGUGGAUGAAUCUGGACCGAAUGAAAAACAGAUCGAUGUUCGUCUCCUUCAGUAUGGGGACAUUUUCAAAGUCAUUCCAGACACCAAGAUUCCAACCGACGGGACGGUUAUCGGAGGAUCAUCCGAGGUCAACGAGUCAAUGGUUACCGGAGAGUCAAUCCCUGUAGAGAAAUCCCCUGGAUCGACUAUCGCAGCAGGAUCUGUGAAUGGUUCUGGCACUCUCAUUGCCAAGUUAACUCGUCUUCCUGCUGAUAACACAAUUGCUGUCAUUGCAGGGAUGGUCGACCAAGCGAAACUAUCCAAGCCGAAGAUACAAGAUUUUGCUGAUCGAGUGGCAAGCUACUUUGUACCUGUUAUAGUGACUCUUACUAUCGUAACCUUCGUGAUUUGGAUUGCUGUGGGGAUAGCAGUGAGAAAUCAGUCUGGAUCGAGAGCUACUACCGAAGCAAUAACCUACGCUAUCACAGUUCUCGUCGUCUCUUGUCCUUGUGCUAUUAGCCUGGCUGUACCCAUGGUCAUCGUUAUAGCCAGUGGUGUUGCUGCUGAGCGAGGCAUCAUUUUUAAGGCUGCUGACAGCAUCGCGGUCGUGUACAAGAUCUCUCAUGUUGUAUUCGACAAGACCGGAACUGUCACCCGAGGCAAUAUCGCGGUUGUAGUUGAACAUGCCGACAAUACUAACGGUUCGAUGGCCCUACUUCUCGGGCUGAUUAGCGGCAAUAAACACCCAAUUUCCGCCGCUGUCGCUACACAUCUGACGGCCAAAGGAAUAUCGGCGUCAACUGUCACUGAUACAACUGUACUGACUGGUAAAGGUGUUGAAGGGGUUGCACCCGGCCUCAUCCUGCGCGCAGGAAACUCACGGUGGCUCAAUCUCUUAUCCAAUCCGCAAGUCCAAUCUGUUCUUGAUCAAGGCUACACGGCAUUCUGUUUUACAAUUAACGGCGAUCUCGCCGCUGUCUUUGGCUUAGUGGACUUACUCCGCCCGGACGCACUCGAAACUGUUACUAAGCUCCAGGAGCGCGGUAUAUCCGUCCAUCUCAUCUCAGGUGACGAUACCGGCCCUGUCAAUUCCAUUGCUAGGCAGCUGGACAUCAGGACUGGGAAUACCCGUUCUCGAUGCACCCCAGCCGACAAGCAAGCAUACAUUCAAGCCCUCGCGAGCCCACCCCAUGAACCACCACAUACGAAGACCCCGAUAAUUAUGUUCGUUGGCGACGGUACAAAUGACGCUGUAGCGCUUGCUUCCUCCACAAUAGGCGUACACAUAAACCAAGAAACCGGCAGCGACGUCGCCAAAUCCGCAGCAGACGUUGUACUCAUGAGACCCAGCCUACUUAGCAUCCUGACAAUGAUCAAUAUCAGUGAGAAAGCAGUACGAAGGAUCAAAUUCAAUUUCGGCUGGAGCUUUGUGUACAACCUGUUCGCGGUCUUGCUUGGUGCCGGUGCGUUUGUGAAUGCUAGGAUUCCGACGGAAUUUGCGGGAAUGGGGGAGUUGGUUAGUGUUUUGCCUGUUGUUGUUGCGGCUGUGCUUUUGAGAUGGGCGAGGGUUUAGAUGCAAUGAUUCAUGCGGCUAGGAUAAAACAGUAAGUCCGGAAAUAGUUUUAUUCUCUGUUUUCUUUUUCUUGACUACUUAAGUUCGGUUAUGUCAUGCAACGAACGUCUCCAGUUAUGACCGCUGUAUUGAUGUUUCUACUUAGAGCAACUACAAUAGUCAGUUACGAAGUUGAUUCAACAUGUUUGAAGCACUGC